GGCACAAUAUAUACUCGGACUGCUGCGCUCUGCAACCUCUUCUUUACCCGCUCGAUUGUCUCCGUCGUUCUGCUUCUCUCCAAAUCUGACUGCAGUUUCGCCUUGGCUCGAAUACGGCAGAGAAGGAUGGGAGAAGUCCAUAUCGGUUUGCCAGGGCCGUGGGCGGAGAACUGCCGCGAGAAGGCCGAUCACUACACGACAAAGAUCGGAGGAUUGCCUGACUGGCCCAUUCCAGAACCCAAUAUUAAGCGUGAGCUUCUUUAUUGUCGUGUAUGCGAUGGGAGGCUUUGUCUUGUCGCACAGGUAUAUGCUCCAAUAUUGUCCACUAAACUAAAUAUAGAAGAGCGUGCCAUCUAUAUUUUUGGUUGCCCAAAUCAAGAUUGUGGCAAAAAUCCUGAUAGCUGGCGAGCUAUUCGACUUCAAAAGGGUGAUCAGGACUCAGAACCUAACCUUGCUUUAUCAAAUACUUUGCCUUCUGAAAAGGAAUCCUUUCCUAUGGAUGGAGCUAGCAAUUGGUUAAAGGACACUUUGUUGAUGAAUGAUUCUGGCAAAUUGAAUGAUGGUAGUGUUGGCGACAAGAAAUUAGAUGAUUUAGCUCGGGCUUUCUCAGAAGCCUCUGCUCUAUCUUCCUGCUCGAAAAAACAAAAUCGUAAGAAACGCAAUAAUUCUUCUACUAGAGCUCGAGUAGGAAGGACAACAGCUGAAGAAACCCCUGUGCCUGUUCUACCUUGUUUCUAUAUCUAUUUCCAGACGAACCAGGCCCAUGGCAGUAUAGAUGCUGUUAGUUCCUUCUAUUCCUCACUGACUCUCAAAGAAGAUGUUUACCCUGCUACAGAUACUGAUGAGGAGGAAAAAUGGGUAGGCGAAACCUAUGAGUAUGACAAAGCACUAGGUGCUGAUACAACUUAUUUAAAGUUCAAGAAACAGAUGGAUACAUACCCAGAACAAUGUCUAAGAUACUCUUAUGGAGGUAUUCCUCUUCUUGCAACCUCUAACUCAAUAGAACCUGACAAGUGCAUACAUUGUGGUUCACCACUUGUGUAUGAGUUGCAGUUGUUUUCUCCCAUACUCUAUUUUCUGCAGCAAGCUGCCAAUGCUUCAGUAGCUUGUUCUGCAGAUGGUUGGAGUUGGAUAACUCUGAUUGUAUAUACUUGCUCCAGGAGUUGCUUCAAAUCUAAAGGGAAAUUGUUAAACCCCUCUUGGGAAAUUGCCGAGGAGUUUAUCACCGUUCAGGGAGAUUAACAGAGUAUAUUUUGUGACUUUCUUUUCUCUGGUUAAAUCAAUAGAAGGUAAUUUACUUCAUCUGAAUAUUAUUAGUGCUAUAAUUUACAUAGAAUUCAAAUGCAAGAAGGAUAAGAUUCAUGUAGUUGGAUCCAAAUAGUCGGAGCUAACAUGACUUGUCCUGCCCUGUUCAAGAACUUGUGUAUCAAUGAGAUGUCGAUGAGGAUGGUUUAUCGUCAACAAAUGCUUCAUCCUUCUAUAUAUUUGUUGAUGUUUGUUCUUUGUACUGGGAGCACACGCUUGGUGAUCUUUUAUUUCUUCGUUUUUCUUCUAAUCAACACUAUCCAUAGUGGUUA